CACAGUGCCGGUUGUUACGGAGGCGUACGUGCCGCGACGGCUAUUUUUCUCUCUCCCUUUGCUCCGCGUGUCCGCAAUUUCAGUUUCGCCCAACGGCCGUGCAAGGACGAGAACACAACCAGUCGAAACAGAUCAUGGACACCCUAUACCCGAACCUGCACGAUCGCUUCAAAAGCGAGGGCCUCUGUCCGAUCUGCUUGAUGGAAAUGGAACUCGCUCCCAGAUACACUUGCAUUAACCAGCACGCUAUUUGCUACCGUUGCAAACCUUAUUACUACAACUGUCCCACCUGUAACUCGCCAUUAGAAAUGGAAAUGCCGUCUGCACAGGCCAACCCGUCUUACUCUCUACCACCGCCCACUCACUUCAUGCCUCAUCCUCUGCCACCGAAAUUCCACGAGCAUCAUCCCUCUGCUCCGUCGGUGGACGAUUUUCACGAACACGAAAGACACCAAUGGCACCCACCUCCGCCACCUGAAGAUCAGGACCUGACGGCCUGUAAAUACACUCACUUGGGAUGCUGGGUGAAAGUACCGAUAUAUCUAGUGGAUCUGCACGAGUCUCGAUGUCAGUUCCGUCCUCACUUGGAAGAGGAAUACCUUCCCACGGACGUGGCUCACAAGCACGACGAUUUGGUGGAGUGCAGGCAUUGGGUGGUGGGCUGCAAAGUGAGAACGUCACCCUGGAGAAUUUCGAUUCACGAGAAUCACUGCAUCUAUAAAGACCGUUUCGACGAGAUGAACAUCAGCGAGGGAUUGGAACAGACGACGAUCUCCAGCGACGACUACAGCGACCCGGAAGAGUUGGUCGAAUGUAAAUUUCGAAGAUACGGUUGCAUGGUGAACAUGCGUAGGAAGCGAAAACUGUUGCACCAAGAGAAAUGCAACUACCGGAAGUAUCAUCAGGAGGACACGGAGUCUUCGUCGGAGGGCGAGUACGACCCGAACGAGCAAUUGUCGUGCAGAUGGGCCGAACACGGCUGUAGAGUGAGGCCGAAGCGUAGCCGUUUGGAGACGCAUGAGGAAAAGUGCAAUUACAGGAUGGAGGAAUGCAGUUAUAAGUAUAACGGAUGCAACGCUAUGUUCCAACCGUCCAGGAAAUUCGCUCACGAGAGAUCUUGCGAGUUCGCUAAUUAA